CACAAACAACUCCCCUUUUCACCUCUCGAUGUAGUAUCUAUUUAACUAGCAUAGGGUUGUUAAUGACAUUAACUUACGGGGUUUGGCUGUAUCAUAAGGGAGUGUUUCUUUUGUUAAGUUAAUUCAAUUUAGCAACGUUCCCUGCAACGACAAGUGUAUACUGUUGUUAGCUUGAAAGCUAAAAACAUUUAGCAGACAAAGUCCAUUAGCCUAAAGUCAGCAUGUAAAGAGGCACCACUAUUAAUGACUUAAGAACUCCGGUCGGCCCGAACAGCAGACUUUUACAUAUUUUGUAGUUGUUCGUAUUUGAGUUAUUACCCAUAUAACAGCAACGACAUUUGCCCUACUCCGACCCAGCUGCUGACGGUCACCGGCGGCAUGUUUCCUCUAGACUCGCCGUGGAACCUCUCGUUUGCAGGCUGCGGCUUCCUCGGUAUCUACCACGUCGGUGUGGCCAGCUGUCUGCUGGAGCAGGCUCCUUUUCUGGUUCAAAACGCCAGGCACAUAUAUGGGGCAUCAGCCGGAGCUCUCACUGCCACCACGCUGGUCACUGGAGUGUGUCUUGGAGAGGCUGGAGCAGGUAUCAUCGAUGUUGCCAAAGAGGCGAGGAAGCGUUUCCUCGGACCUUUGCAUCCUUCCUUUAACCUGGUGAAGAUCAUGCGCCAGAUGAUGCAGCGCAACCUGCCUGCUGGUUGCCACCAUGUGGCAAACGGGCGGUUAGGAAUCUCUCUGACCCGAGUGACCGAUGGAGAAAAUGUCCUGGUGUCGCAUUUCAACAACAAGGAGGAGUUGGUCCAGGCAUGUGUCUGCAGUGCUUACAUCCCAGUGUAUUCUGGCCUCAUUCCUCCCACACUGCAAGGAGUGCGAUACGUAGACGGAGGAAUCUCAGACAACCUGCCUCUGUAUGAGCUGAAAAAUACCAUCACUGUGUCUCCAUUCUCUGGAGAGAGCGACAUCUGCCCCCGAGACACUUCCACCAACAUACACGAGCUGAGAUUCACCAACACAAGCAUCCAGUUCACUCUCACAAACCUCUACAGAGUCUCCAGAGCACUCUUCCCUCCAGACCCAAUGGUUAUGAAGGCCAUGUGUAAGCAGGGAUAUAAAGAUGGAAUGCACUUUUUAAAGAGAAAUGGAUUGCUUAAUUUCAACGGGCCUCUCAGAGACAGACCCCUGCUGGCUAAUGGUGAAGAAAAUGAGGAGUAUAAUGAUGAUGAGGGGGAAGAGCAAGAGGAAAAUAAAAGUGAUAAAGAGGAGGAAAAGCCUGAUGUGGAACAGGGAGCCGUUAUUGUUUAUUGCGGGACCACAGAAGAAGAGCAGUUUGUCGAACACCUUCCGCACACCCUGCACAAAGCUCUCAUCAAGGCCUGCAUGGAGAGAAGGGGCCUGACUCAGUCGCUAAGCAACCUACUUCCUGUCAGGAUGGCCUCCACCAUGAUGCUGCCCUACACACUGCCUCUGGAGUCUGCUGUCUCCAUGAGUCUCAGACUUCUGGAGUGGCUGCCAGAUAUACAAGACGAUGUGGGAUGGAUGCAAGAGCAGAUAUUGAAAAUCCUACAGCAUGUUCUUGGCCAGGCCUCUAAAAGCAUUUCCGAGCAUGUUUCGGCCAGGUUCUCCUGGCAGCUGGAGCUCAACCACUACGAGUCCCUCCCAUCCCAGUUCAGCUCCACCAGCCUGUUUCCCAGCUGGGUGAAUGGGAGCAGUUCUUCAGUCCAGGAUGUGUUCAUGCGUCUCAACCAGUACAAGAAGCAGCUGAUGUCUGGAGUGCUGUGUAUCAACAUGGACCUGCAAGGCACAAUAAAAGCUGGAGCAAUGUCACCAGAUAACAGUCCUUCCUCCACCCUCUCUGAUGAAGGCCUCACAAUGGACAGAUUUUGAAAUCUUGAAAUUUUACCUGCUGCUGACUGGAGAAACCAUCAGCAGCUCCUAAGAUCUUCUGCUGUAGCACUGAGCUUUACACUUACUUAUUCUUGAUCAGGAAACAUUUCAAAAUAAUUUAUACCCAACUUCAGAUAUUUUACUGUGAAGAAAUGUGUGAUCUCGUCUGCCACUUUGUAUAGUGGUUGAAAAUGGCAAGCACUCACCAUAUAUAAACCAUUAAAUAUUUUUUUUAAUUAUGCAUGACAAUGAAAUAAGUCUUUAACUACAGUGUCUGUAACUCAGCAGCCUUUAUUUAACCUUAGCACAUGUGCUUAAACAUGUACAGACUUAAAUUACAGGGCGUUACAAACUAAAAUGCACACUUGAAGUAGCAUUGUUAAAAUAAGCAAGUGUUUAUGUUUAGUGGAAUGUACUCAGACCAACAGUGUUCCUCACAUGGAUGUAAAAACCACUGUGUUCUAUCUAUGGUUCCUCCUGCAUCUGCAUCAGGCUCUGAAAAACUACUGACCAAGAAUGGAAGCAAAAAUCUGUUGUUACAAAUACUAAUUCUAAAUAUUGAUGCAUUAGUGUCAAUGCAGUUUAAAAAAAAAAAGACAUUGUCUUUAGUUUUUUACUUUUGUUCUUUAAAUGUAUUUAUAAAAAACUGUUCUGCUCUGUUUUCCAAAUCAUAGAAAUGUGAUUUAUUAUCUUUUCUACUUGCAUGUAAGUAAUAACUCUUUUAGAUUUGAUUUGUAGAUCUAUAUUGUGUUGACUUUUAGAUUAAGAAUCACACAUUUUGCACUUUAAUGCAAACAGUAAAUAACAAAUUGAUUAUAUUUUCAUAACCAAAGAAUCAGUUUAAUCUGAAAUGCACUUUCUGAGGUAAUAACCUACCUGUUGAACACUUUGUUCUUGUUCUGUGUACUAUAAGAAAUUAUAACUGCUGUGCCUUAUACUGCAUUGAAAUAAUUGCCAAGUAAAUUUGCCAUAUUGCCUUAAUGUUGCAGGGAGUAAUAUUUAUGUGAUCAUUAAAUAAACUGGAAUUAUUUAACACUGAA